AUGGCGUCCCCGAUCAACGUCGACGAUAUCGACCUCGACGAGCUGGACGACUGGCUCGAGCUGUUCCAGCAGGACAGCGCCCUCCACGAGGCGCUCUCACAGGGGAAAGAUCUGCGCACUUAUGCGCAAGAGGUCGAGGACGAGUUCCGCAUGGCUGAGGCCGCGUCCAUUGCGCACUACGUGGUCAAAGCUGCUGACGUGGUCGAGCUGCACGACGAGGUGCAGCGUUGCGACAAUCUAUUGGCUAAAAUGCAGGAAAUGCUCUUAGGGUUUCAAGUCGAUCUGGGCGGAAUCAGCGACGAAAUUCGGCAGUUACAGGACGAAUCCAUGGACAUGAACGUGAAGCUCACGAACCGUCAAGAGACCGAGGAGAAGCUGCAGCUGUAUCUGGACCAAGUUGCACUCUCGCCGUCUCUUAUCAAGACCAUUCAUGAAGAAGAAGUGAACGAGGUGUUUCUCCAUGCACUCGUGACGCUCAAUGGAAAGCUCCGCUACGUCGCACAGCAGACGCCUGUGUUUGCCUGUGGCUCCAGGUCGGAGCUGCUGCCGUCCCAGACAGCAGCGUUUUCGGACGUUGAAGCUCAAUUGACACAGCUGAAAACGCGAGCAGUUGCUCGUGCACGCGAGUUUCUAGUUGCCAAGGUGAACGAGGUGAAGAAACCCAAGACAAAUGUCCAGAUGGUCCAACAGAACACGCUGUUGCCCUUGAAAUAUCUCGUCACGUUCUUGACGGAGAACGCGCCAGAAGUGCAGGAGAGCUUUCGAGCUGUGUAUGCUGAAGUCAUGAGCAAGACACUCGUGAAUGUGUUCCGGUCGUAUCACUCAGGGUUAUUGAAGCUGCAUAAAGAGGUGGCAUCGCGCACGGAUGUUAUUGUUAUUGAUGAACAGGCGCUGAAGGGUAUGUUUAGCUCACGCGUGAACUUGAGCAAACGGAACGAUACGUUUUCGGUAACCGAGCGCCAAAAGAUCUUAGACGCGGUGUCGACGCCUCCGCUGAUCCUGCACGUGGCGCAACAAGAGGGAGUGAAGUUGCCAUACGAGGCUAUUUUUCGCAACAUGCAACAGCAUUUGAUGGACUCCGCGACAUCGGAGUAUCUUUUUCUUAUCGAGUUUUUCACGCCGAGUCAUCAACAGGAUGUUGCCUUUCGCAGUCGGGACUUGUUCAUGCAAGUGUUUGCAAAGACACUGUCGUUGUGCCUCGAGAACAUCGAAAACUACCUUGUCACGUGCUACGAUGCUAUUGGACUCCUACUCAUGAUCCAUCUUACAAACUCUCAGCGGCUGGUGAUGGAAAAGCGUCGAAUGCCGUGUUUGGAUGCAUACUUCGAUCGGGUCGCAUUGCUGCUUUGGCCGCGGUUCAAGGCAAUAUUUGACCUCAAUUUGAUGAGCGUGAAGAACGCCAAGGUGAAAAAGUUGGGACCAGUGGACCUGCACGCUCACUUCACCAUUCGGCGAUAUGCCGAGUUUGCGUCCUCGAUUCUGAGCUUAAGUAUGAACACGCAGCAAAGUUAUGUGUCGACGGGUGGAGAGGAUUCAUCGGCAGGUUCUAGUGCACACUUGUACGAAAAUGGUGCAGGUGACAUGGCUCUCAGUAAUUUGAUUGUGAUGCGUGACGAGAUCAUUCGUUUGCUCUCCCGCUUGUCCGAGCAGCACACGACAGCGAAGGACAAAUGCGUGUUUCUCAUCAACAACUACGACUUCGUGCUAACUCAUUUUGAAAAGCGGCUUGUCACCUCUGAGGAGACGUCGAAGUUCGAGGAGCUGCUUGCCGCGCAGCGCGAACAGUUUGUCGAGGAGGAGCUUACAACUCAUUACGCAAAGCUUAUCCAGUUUGUGCGACAGAGCGAGCAAUCGACACUAGGCAAAGACGCCGCGUCGGUAAAAGGAGGUAGCCAGCGAGUUGAAGCAGUGGAGAUUGAAAAAAUUGUGCACGAGUUUGCGGUGACAUGGAAGGCUGGGAUUGAGAAGAUGAACAGCAGCGUAAUGACGUACUUUUCCAACUUCCGCAAUGGCAUGGAGAUUCUUAAACAAGUCCUUACGCAGUUGUUGCUUUACUACACGCGGUUUGUGGAAACCGUCAAGCGACGCUACAAGCAGCCUCCCCCGUUCAACUCGGAAAUCGUCUCAACGCAAGAGAUUCUGUACGAGAUCAAGAAGUAUAGCCGGUCAUUUUAG